AUGAAACAGAUGAUUGAUUUGGCAAUUAUAGGAGCUUUAGGUAAGAUAAACAAUAUAUUACGUACACAAGUGAAGCGAUAAAUCGAUCUGCUAUUUAUACACCAACGUCUUAUAUUUUGUAACCUAUCGUUAAUUAGAGAUACUUAAAAUAAAUAUAAUAAUGAAAAUUCAAUGACAGACCGCCUGGAAGAUAAAAUGUUACGUAAAUAAACAUCGCUUACACGUACACCCGGAGCUAAGGGUGCUCGAAAGCGUAACAGAGAAGAAAACUAAACAUGGAUCUACUAUUAUAAAGUUUGCCUAUAUGUAUUAUUUUGUUUAGAAUUUUUAUCAUGUGCUUGUGAACACUAUUCUAUACUUCAAUGUAACACAAUGUGGAUAGAAAAAGACAAAUAAAAGGUACUUAACGCGAUAAAAAGCAGCCCUGACAUCGAACGUAGAUGAAGGUUUUCACGUUAUCGUUUGAAAAGUGUUUUUUUAUACGCUUCGAAUAUUUUUAUUGAAAUAAUGCCGAAACGAGCCACCUUAGUUUGGGAAAAGGGACGAUUUCGACGAAUUCAAACAGUCGGAACAGCAGAAGAUAAAGAUAAGGCACGAGAGCAACAAGAGGAAAAAAAUUAUUGAGAACGGUAAAAAGUGAGGGACCCGAAGAGAAAGGAGGAGAGGCAGAAGGGCUGCGCCCUUAUAAAAGAAAAACACAAAUAAUGAAAAAGUUAGCUAAAACAAGCGAGCAGCAAAGCCGAAGGGCAAAAACGCAUGCGGCAGGUGUAUAGGCAAGCUAGAUGGAAAAUAAAAAUAUACGUAAAAACGAUACAAGCGAAGUGAACACGUGCGUGAAAGGAGCGCAAGGGGCGCGUAGAAGGGGAGCGGCUUGACCAUGAACGGCUAAACAGGGGAAGAGCGAGAGAGGAAGGUCGAAGGAAGCAACAGCGGUGAGCGUCGGGGAAGAGACCGGAGUCCGAGACCUUCACCGAGACCCAGUUGGCGCGCAGCGCGAGGGCUUGCGCGCUCGCAUUCUCUCUCUCACUCUCGCUCUGUCGCUCGACAUUGCCCCUGAGAGCGAGAACAGCCCCCGGCCGAAGGUCUAUCCCUCCCUGGUCAAGGGAUGCGCGUUCCUUGUCAACCCCUCACUUUCUCCGAUCGCUACGCAGGCAGCGCCAGCACCCCUCUUUUUCACUUUCACUCGUCGCUCCACGGGGAUAUGUUCUGGGGCUGCAUGCAAAUAGACCGACAGAGACGGAGAGAGCGAGAGGAAGAAAAAGCGCGCGCAGCCUGGCACCUGUCGCUCGACACGUGUGCGCACGCAGACGCAAGCUUUAUCCUUCCCAGCCCGACUGAUCCUGCCUGGCUGCUCUUAGCCAAGGCCUAGAACUUGACGCGCGUGACCCUCUUCCCUCCUGCCGCCUCGCGCGCUCGUCCCGUCUCUUUCCCUCCUCAGCUUUUCGGCUUGUCGGCGUGAGUGGCCGCUGCGGAUGCGCGUGCGCGCGCCCGGCGCCGACCGCCGACGUCGCUCCUGCGUGCUGCCGUCCCGCUCGGUCUGCUCGCCUGCCUGCCUGCCUGCCCGCCUGUCCGUCUGCCUGUCGCUCGUAUACCCGACGAGAGACCGCGUUUCGUUCUCGCUCGAAGCUACCGUCGAGCAGUCUGCACUGUGCUGUUCUUUUCCAGUUGCACUUUUGCAAACGCUCACACCUCGACCUUCAACUGAAGCGAGCUCGGCCAAGCUCAUUGGCAACUGCAGCUGCUACCAGGAUUAUGAUCAACUGUAAUCCAAGGGCUGACCACUUGGCGAAUCCUCGACGCGUUGCUUCGAGACUCGAUCGCUUAGAGUACCUUGGACGAGCUGCGGAGGCUCCAGCAUGGGAGUUCUGAAGCCAAUAUCAGACGGCAUCCUCGAGGAAAACAUCGUGCCAAGCGAAGAAGCCAACCACUCGAUCUUUGCUACUGACGAGUGGUCAGAUAACUUUCCUUAUCAAAUUGUGAUUGGUACAGGAGUAGCGCUUAUGGCCCUAGUACUACUUGCAGCCGUAAGCUUCCAGUGCUCUUCGACUUGGAAGUGGCUUAUAGGAGUUGCUCGCCAGGACGGUCACGAUGACGUCGAGGGCGACCUUUCACAACAAAAUGCUAUACGUAUUAGCCAUUCAUUACCCGAUCUACAAUCUGAACCUAUCACUCAUGAAUACGUGCAAGAACAAAAGGACACCAAAAAAGUACAGGUCUUACGACAAACAACAUUACCAAUUGUCCCGAUGAGGCAUCAAAAUUUUCAACGUCAACUGUCUCAUCGAUUAGAUUUACCCAACAUCAAAUUUAGCAUUUGCAGUCUCGAAAAUCGCAGUAACUCACGUCUCGGCCUUAUCAAACCGGAACUAUAUAAAAAAGAUUUGACACGCCAAGAAAGCAACGAAAGUUCAAGCACUGGUGAAAUGGAAAGCGCAGGAAAACUUCACUUUGCCUUGCGAUAUGAUAAAGAGAUCGAAGGUCUUGUAGUAAAGGUCUUGGAGGCUCGAGAUUUGCCAAUCAAAGAUGUAUCAGGAAGCAGUGAUCCAUACGUAAAAAUAUACCUUUUACCUGACAGAAAAAAGAAACAUCAAACUAAAGUUCAUCGGAAAAAUUUGAAUCCCAUCUUCAAUGAAACAUUUAUUUUUAGCGUUCCUUACGAAGAAUUGCAUGAAAGAUAUUUGCAAUUCUCCGUUUACGAUUUUGAUCGAUUUUCACGUCAUGAUUUAAUAGGACAAGUAGUAUUGAGAGAUCUAGCAGAUUGUACAGAUUUUGAACAUGAAAUCGAGUACACUAUGGAUAUAAUGUGUACCAUACAGGAUAAAGUCGAUCUUGGUGAGCUGAUGAUGUCUCUUUGUUAUCUACCUACGGCUGGGCGCCUUACUCUCACCGUAAUUAAAGCUCGAAAUUUGAAAAAAAUGGAUAUUACCGGCUCGUCGGAUCCAUACGUUAAAGUUUACUUAUUAUGUCAAGGUAAACGAAUAAAGAAGAAAAAAACUAGUGUAAAGAAAGGUUGUCUUAAUCCCAUUUACAAUGAAGCACUUGUUUUUGAUGUCCCAGCAGAAAAUAUAGAAGACGUCAGUCUCAUUAUCAAAGUCAUUGAUUACGAUAGGAUUGGAUCUAAUGAAUUGAUGGGUUGCACAGCAAUUGGAGCAAGUUUCAUUGGAAUCGGAAGAGAUCAUUGGUUAGAAAUGUUAGAUAAUCCACGAAAACCCGUUGCUCAAUGGUAUAAUCUAUCAGAAUGCGUAGCUGGUCACAUUCCAUCAUCUGAUCAAUUGCCAGUCAGCUUGAGUUGCUUAACUAAAAGAUGAAGGUAUCAUCCAAAAAGUCGCUGUAGCGAUGAAUGUCAACCUCUGUUUGAUAUGAGCCCGAAUACUAUUCUUGUUUGUCAAAACUUUCAACAUAUUGCUUGUUGAAGACUUUUGAUGACAGCGAUGUUUCAAGAACUAUGUAGAGCCACUCUGAAAGUGGAGGCUACAUUAUAAUUCCUUCGUGAUUAUGAGCAGAAUCUACAUAAAAUCUAGGACGAAGAACUACGGAUUAUAAUUCUUAUUUAUUAUUGAUACUAAUGUAUAAGUAACUUUUCGGCUAGACUUAUUCAUUUUUCUGUUUUGUAUGACUUACUCUUAAUUCUAUUAUAACAUUUUUUAUUUCAAAAAUAUAAUUCAAUUUUUUGACGUUUAUAUUAAUAUAUUCUAAAAUAUAAGAAAUUUUUUUCACAUAUCAUCAAUAUUAUAAGUAAAAACGGACAUUUGGUAUAGUCUUCUAAUUAUUUUUGUUUAUAAUGAUACAUUUAUACAGUAUCAUUAUUAAGGUUGUUUAAUCGAAGAAGGGAAAAGGCCUUAUUUUUGUGGCAUUAGAUGAAUCGAAAGAUAACAGCGAAAGAAAUAUAGAUAGGAUAGUUUGGAAAUCGUAGCUUGGAUAAUAACGUAGCUUUAUAACUCAUAAAUGUAAUAGAAUAAGCAGUUAAAUUAUUUAUUGAAAAACGCGCCAAUAUUUACAUGUCUUUACAACUGAAAGAUUAAACAUAAACAUAAACUGUUACCAUGUAAUUUUUCAUUGCAGUUGUAAAAUAUAAUAUAAUUAUAAAACGUGAAAAACAAAAAAAGAUUUCAUGUUUAACAGCGACAACUAAUAGUUGAAUGAAUAUAAAGAUCAAUACUCGACGAUAAUAUAAUUAACAUAUGGACAUUCAAUGUCAUGUAGAUUUAAACUAGAACCUGCAAAUGAUUUUCGACAAGAAGAAAGUAUUUUGCAUAAUGACGCUAUAGAUGCAUUGUAUUUUUAUUAUGUUGAUAUAAUCAACAACUUGAAUUAUUCUAUGAAUUAAAAAAAGUUAUACAACAGCUAUGUUUUUGGUAAUCUUAUAAUAAUAUUAUUUUUUGUAGUCUACUUUAUCCUAUCGGCAAUAUUAAAGCUAAAUCAUUUAUUCAUCUUCUAAUUCUCAAAGUAAUAAAAUACUUACAUGCUCAGUGAGAAUAUAACCAUACGUAUAUAAGAAACAUGUAAAUGUUCGAUGAAAGAAACUGUCAAAAUAUUUAAAAGUAAUAUAGUGAGAACUAUUUUUAGGGAAAUAUAAGUAGUUAUAUAAUAAAUAACAUGCCAAAAUUAUGUAUCUUAUUAAGAUAGUUAAGAGAAAGAUUGACUUUUUGUAUAAUACAAAGUAACAUAUGAAGGUUAUCUAUUAUGGCAUGAAUAUGAUAUAAAAAUUCUCUAAAAAGGUUAAUUAAUCGUGUCCAUUUCCAUAGAUAUGGAUACGAUAGUUGUGUUUACACACAUUUCCAAAAGCUAUAUUAAUUUCUAUUAUAAUACUAUCAACACAAUAGAAAGAUAAUUGUUUUUUAUAUUUUAUUUGGGUAGUUACUAGAUACCAAAUUUAUUAUUAUGUUUAAAAUCGACAAAAUCCAAUAAAGAAUCUAAUGUGUAUUCUUUUCAAUUUGUUCAUUUAAAAUCUAAUUAAUUUACAUAAAUCAUUCUUUAUAUUUACUAUUACAUUUACACAAAAGUAUCAUUAUGGAAUAAGACCAUAUAUAAAUUAAAACUCAUUGUUAAUCUAUUGAGGUAAGACUCCGGUGGUUUACUAGGCAUGCGGACAAUUGUACACUUUUUCAUUGUACACAUAAACUAUUUUACACAAUAACAUGGUGAAAAUCAGCAUGUAUCAAUUCUUACACUAUGUUACAGUGUACAAUAAUUUCUGUGUAUAAUAAAACCGUGCACAAUUGUCCGUAAGCCAUUUACUAUAACAAGCGAAAAAACAAUACAUGCAUAAUUAAUGAUAAAUGAAUAAAAAAGUGCAGAUAUAUGCAUAAUUGUGCAUAAAUCUAUAAUGUCAUAUUAUUUUUGUUGCUUUGCUAUUGUUAUGUAAAUACGUGAUAAUACUAAUUGAAAUAUAAUUUUAGUUAUUAUAACUAUAUAAUUAUUAUUAAUUCAAAAAAUUAUAAUAUGAAUUAAUCGGCUUUAUUUACAUUUUUUAAUUAAUUUUAAUAAAUUAACCUGUUUAAAAUAAUAAUAAAUAGCAUUUAUUCAUGCCUUCAAAAAAUUGCUUACUGUUAUAUUCUAGUUCUAUCAAAGUCGUUAUGUAAAAUAUUAUUUUAGAGUUAAAGAAGUGAGUUUGCUUAUUUAUAAAAGAAAUGUUACAUAUGAUAAAAAUAGCGCUGUAAUUCAAAAUAAUUAGUACUCUCUAUUAUAUUUUUUCGUGAAUCAAUUUAGAUUUUUACUUGCACGAUUAAUUCACUAACAAAAUUUAUUUUUAUUAUAUAUAUUACAUAUCAUCAGAGUCAAGCCUUCGUAAUUACAAUAGUCUUAAUAAUUGGAUGAAUGUAAUAUUAAGAACGGAGUCACAAAGACAAUAAAUCAUACUUAUUUUUAUAAAUGACUGCUUUCUCGUAAAACGUAUCCGUACAAAUUUCUAUUUUCUAACUCCUAAGCUGUUACAUUUGAAAAGACUGACACUCUAAAAUUACUUCAUUGAUCGUGAAUCUUAUGUUUCAAAACAUUACAUUUAGUCAAUGCAUCUUUUUUACAUAUAAUUUCCUAACUGUGAAGGUUAAAAAAGUACUGAAAUAUGGUUGUGUGAAGCUAAAUAGGCAUUCUAUUAAUACAUCUACAGAAAGAUCUACAUUGCUAAUGUAACUUUUUAUACAUAUUCAACAUUUCACAAGUGAUGUACACGAUUAAUUUUCUUUGCAGUUGUGAAAGAUGUAUAAGCUAAAAGUUCGUAUAUCCAAAGCUAAGUGUCAAUUCUGAAGUUGUUGAUUAAACCAUACAAUAUAAAAUUUUAUAAUACUUUUUAACACACACAGACACAUGUAUACAAACACCUAUUCUAUAUAAAUAUAUGUUUGUAUGUGUGUAUGUAUGUAUGUAUGUAUGUAUAAUGUAUAUAUGUAUGUAUCACCACAUUUCAAUGGAGCUACUGAAAAUCAUAACACUUACUAGACACAAUUUCUUUGCGCAUUGAAAUUACAAAUGAUGCAAAAUAAAGUAGAACAAAAUUGAAUAGUAAAUAAUAAUUUUAUUUGAAAAAACUAACCUCUGUAAAUUAUUUGGCGUGCGGACAAUUGUACGCGGUUUCAUUAUACAUACAAAUUAUUGUUCACAGUAUCAUAACGUAAAAAUUGUUACACAUUGAUUCAUGUCAUGUUUUUGUGCACAAUCAUUUAUGUGUAUAAUAAAACCAUACAUAAUUGUCCGCACGCUACAUAGUUGUAUUUAAAUAACUUUAUGUUUUGAUAGCAUGAUGAAUAUAUAAACGAAUGAAGAUUUAAAAGCUCCAUAUGUAAUUGAAAUAAAUAAAUGUAAAAUGUGCAAAGCGUUAAGAUUCAUAAACGAAUCCAAAAUAUUACAUGUAUUCUAUUAGGCUAGAAAAGCGAAAACCUUGAUAAUUAAUACGAAUAUGGUAAUUGGUUGCAAUUUCGGAAAUGAUAUUUUCAGUACAUGAUCUACGAUUGUUAAUAUUGUUUGAACUAAUUUGGAAAUACCUUCUAAAUUUCUUUCGACAGUGUUGGUGCAAUCAUAACAUUUAUUAUGCAUACAUUUUAACUUAUAAUUCAUUAUUUCAUAUUAUAAUAACAUACUUUAAUAUACCACGAUUUCUACUUUAUUACAGCAAUCAUGCUUCAAGUUAACAUAACGUCUUAAGCUUUAUUUCACGAGGUAUGUGAAGUAUAUAACUGGACAUCUAGCAAUUCUAUCGGUUACUACAUGUGCAAAAUAUUACGAAUGCAAUUAUUUGAUUGAUAAAAAUAAAGUAUUUUUUAUAUUAUUCUAAUUUAAUGACUUUUUGUUUGAAUAAACAUUUUUAUUUCGUAGAGUUCUAUUCAAAAUUAUAAUCAAGUAGAUAUUCUUGUGCUUUCAAUGUGCUUACAAUGUAAAAAAAUUUAAUUAAAUAUCAUCGAUAACAACUGGAAAAUUCAAAUUAAACUUUAAUUAAAGAAAAGUACAAUUUAUUGACUUAUCAAUUUUUACAGACGAACUAAUAUAAUCUGAUAUGAUUAUAGUAUGUAUGAAGAUGAGUAAAUAAAGGUACUGUAAGAUAUUUUUUUUUAAUAAUUAUAAUUGAGCUUCUCUUACAGUAUAUUUUUUUUAUAAUAGUACAGAGUAUAAAUGAAGCUAAAAUAAAUGUCAAGUUUCUAAACAUUUUAUAUAACUUGUAAAAAAUAAUUUCUUAUUUUGAUAAUGUUUUCAGUUUCACAUUCUAUAAAUAAAAAAUUUAAUUGUCAAAAAUUUUUGAAAAAUCAGGUACUAAUUAACGAAGAGAAAUUAACUCGAAAGAAUCUUCUAAACAGAUAUUUGUCUGCUGGUUGUGUCAUUUUCUUGUCAUUUACUCAUUAUUAUUGCUUUUAACGAAUUCCUUUUUAUAAUUUUUUAAUGUUAGCUAACUUUAUUUUAUAAUAUUCUACACGCGCUUCUAUAAUUCCAGAAAAAAACUUAUUUUUAAACCAAAAAUCAUUUUGUUAUAGAAAAAAGUAUAAAUUACGGUAUUCCAUGUUAUUUCAAGAUAUUUUAUUCAUUAAAAAAAAUUAAUAUGGAUAAAAAUGUCUGUACCGUUUUGUACUUGAAAAUAUCAAACUGAAAUAUUAAAUUAAGGAUAAUUAAAAAAGACAUCUAAUAUACCAGAAUAGUGAUUAAUAGCUAACUACUGAUAAAAAAUAAGAAUAUGUAUUAUAGAUCAGCGGAAAAUAAUUUUGAAACCUCGAAUAGCAUUCUUCACAGAUGACUAGAAUAUUUUAUUUUGUCCCAGUCUCUUGUUGAUAGCUAUUAAUAUUAUAAAACCUAUACAAUAGAUAUACGUAUUAGCAAUAGGUAUAUAUGAAAUUAAUGAAAUGUUGUUUUGUAUAGUUUUACAAUUAUUUCAUAAAAUAUUGAUCAUGUACUUCAUACAUUUAUAGUCUCAAAAAAAAAAAAUGGAAACCCUAAUUUUAAUUAAAAAAAUACAAGGAUUUUUGUUGAAUUGUGAUCAUUUGUAAUCUACAUCCUCCGUAAGUCAAUUAAUAUGUGAAACAUUUUUGUGAUUUUAGCAAAAGAACAUAACUUAUACGUAUCAUCAUAGGAGUUAUAUUCUUUUACUGCGUAUUAGUAUAUUUAUCAUAAAAACUAUGACUAAUACUUAUCAUUCUUAUAACUGUUUAGAUGCUUAAAGUACUUAACUAUUGAAUAAUAAUUGCAAGCUAAUGAAUGAAUGGUCAAUAUCAUUCAAUUUAUUUUAUUUUCAGUAAAUUUGCUUUAAUGUUUGAUAAAAUAGAAAUUUAUUGAUGAGAUUGAUUUGUAUAAUGAUUUCUACAAAAAGUGCGUUAAGUCGGCUCGGUUUUUACCAAAUUUUAUAUUUGGCUGCAUAUUCUUUAUAGAUAAAAUAAUAUAAAAUACUUAUACUCAUCGCUAUAAAUACUUAUUUAUGACACUCUUAUUUAUCUACAGGAAAAUUAAAAUCCAUGUCAAAAAUCUAUUUUUCGAUGAUAGUUUAGAAUUAAAAAAAAACAAAAACAAAAUAAAAAUACAAAAAUUAAAACAAAUGAAAAAUUAAUUGAAUUUUACAGAUCACAAUGCGUUGAAAACCAUAUCUUGAUUUAUUUUUCAUUAAAAAUUGUAUUUCUUGUAGAGCGUUGUAUACUGUAGCACUGUAUAGAAAAACUUUUUGAUGAUAAUCUAAAAUUUACAUAUUUAAGCAAAAAUUGUGAUUUCUAAGUUUUACAAGAUCCGAAAUUUUGAAAAUCAUAUGUUGGUAAAUAUACCAAGAUAUAGUUUUCUCGUCGUAUUUUGACUCGUUCAAUUGGAAUUUGAAGUCAAUCAAACGCUAUUAUUUUGUUUGUUUUUCAUUAAUGUUCAAACCACUACAACAGAUCUAUGAAAGUGGCAUUUUUAUUUUUAUCAGCACUUCUGUGACUAUAAAAAACGGUUUCUAUGAAGAUACGUUGUGAAGAAUCAAAUAAUUUUAAGAUGGGAAACUUUAUGUAGAAUAAUAAAAUCGAAAAACUAAGAGCAUGCACUUUAAAAAAUAAUAUAUUAAGACAUUUUUCUUUUAGAAUGGCAUAUAUUUAGAAUAUUAAAAAACUUUCUUAAUUUGAAUAUAGUUAUAAAUAAUUGGUGAAGCUUGAAAUGCGCCGCAAAGCAUGUACUUUCCAUUUAGUCAGUUCGUAUACAAUAUUCACAUGAUUAAAUUAAAUGAUUCCAUGUACAAAAACAAUUUUUCAUACUGUUACUAUAACCUAGUUAUUUCACGGUUACUGCUACUGUUAUCAUCUUGAACUGUGAAUGUUGUUAAGUAAUUUAUGAAAUAAAUUUGUAAUAAGUUAGUAUGACUAAUACGAAUGUCAAGCGUAGCAAUUAAUUUUGAUGUAGUUCAUGUAUAAACAUA